AUGAAUGAGAAGCAACUGCGGCAGCAGCUGGAUCGCUGCCUGGAUCAUGUGCAGGAGCAUGUUGACAUGCUCAGUGCACGGGCAAUAUCGAAACUCAGCGGGGACGCGGUUGCCAACCACGAAUGGCUGAGUGAGCUGUCCGGCCGCUACCCCACACGGUCUGCGGAGGAGCUACAGCAGUUCCGAGAGCUAAAGGAUGGCUAUGUAAAGAAGCUAGACACGCUCGAGACAGAAGUAAAGUACCUCGAAGAUCUGGGGCAGGAGCUGGCAGAGUUUCAGAAUGAACUGAGCGUGAAGUUACAGCGGAUUAGGCGAAAUAGCUAUGUACAGGAAAACUAG